GGCGAGGGACAAAAUAGCUGCGACCGUGCGGCAUCCUGUCGCCUGAAUUUAACCACUCCGAAGAGAAACGGAGCCUUUAAUGCACCAAACCAUGGAGCCCGUGUUGGGCUUAGCUGGGUCUGCGGGCGGUGCUGGGCCUGCGGCAGCACAAGCUCUGCAGACACACACCUGUGCGUGCCCCAGAGCCGGGGCCACACCGCCUUACUUCUGCACAGCCCCGGCCGGGGACAUGGAAGCCCUGCAAGGGCCUGGAGGAAGGCACCGUUCCGGGGAGCAGGGGCCGUGUCCUGAUUCCCUGCCGGGCUCUUCCAGGCCGAGCGGCUUCGCCGCGGGUGCGGUCCCUGCGCCCCCGGGGCUGCCUCCCCGCACGGGCGGCACUGGGGCUCAGCCACUACUGUUUUCGGAAACACGCAGCGAGCUCCUUUGGCAAGGAGAAAUUCGGCGAAGGGUGUUUGAUUUUUUUUUUCCCCCGUGGAUGGAUAAAAUGUUCUUGCUUUGACUCUCCUCAAGGUUGAACUAUUUUUUUUUUUUUCAGCCGGUUCCUUCGACCGUGGGAAAGACUCUACCUUGGCUCUGCGAUGACAUUACUGCUAAGUCUGGGAUGGGGUGUGGGUUAGGGAGCUAAGGCUUUGAAACCUCUGCCCAAUUUUCCUUUUCUCUUUCGCCUCUCUCUCUUUCAUCCAGCUGGGCUCCUCCAACAGCUGGAUGCCUCCAGCGGGCCCCCUACUCCAGAUGUACAACUUUCAAUUAUUUUCAGCACAUUUUAAUCAGGCCUGGUUCUGAUAACGCCCUAAUUAAAGAGACCUCACUAUCGGCAGCUCGGUUCAGAACUCAACUUUCUUAUCACAUUCCUGAAGCUUUGGGUCAGGCAACACCGGAAAAUGCGGCCAAAACCUCGUUAUUCUCCGAGUUGAGUUCUGAAGGUCACCGAAAGUCUGCGUCGGGCCAAAAGUAACGUAGAAAGUGUCAGUGUUUUCUGAAAGUUAAAAAAGAGGCAGAGGGAAAUGGGGAAAAGGGAGGUGAAGGUUGAGCCUCUACCCUGAGGGCUAAGGGAGGAGAUAAGGAGUGAGAAACAGCUGUGAGAUGGGAGUCCGUAAGGUACCGGCCUGUCAGCGCUGCUCGCAUCGCCGUGAAAGGAGCUUUGCUCCUGUGUCGAGGGGGAUGCGAGAGAGAUUUGGCCGGGGACGAAUCAGUUCCACUACUGUCACAGCCCCGCAGUGUCAUGGCCGGCUUAAAAUAAUCGCGCAGGUGAAGGUUUCAAAGUCUUCUGGAUUUUUUUGUUAGUUUCUUCCCCGUUGUUCCCUCCAUUUCUCCCGCGCAGCCCCUCAGGUUAGUUCAUUCAUAUAAUGUCGCUGAAUGCAGGCUCUCUGCAGAGAAAAAAAAAAAAAAAAAAAAAAGAAGAAGCAACAACUGGAUUUCUUUGUUGCCUCUUCAUUUUAUUCUUUCUGGAUCCCCCUGUGAUUAUCGAUCGGCGGUGGUGGAAGAGAGACCUGCACCGCGCCGAGCACUCCGCACCUAGGGGAACUGAGACAGGAGCCUGAAAACAGCCCCGAGUGCUUCCUCUCACCCAACAAAAUCACCCUCCGGCCACAUGCCACAUCCAGACGGGGCUGUGGAGGAUGCCCGGGCUGGAAUAAGCGAGUUAAGAGAGCAGGGUGUGAGGGAAGGAGUGCUCUUCGUCUCUUUGGGUUUUUUUCCCAGCCCGCGUCGGACUUUUUGUUUUGUUUUGGUGUUUCUUUUUUUUUUUUUUUUUUUUUUUUAAAGAGGGACUCUCGGAGGAGUUUGGUUCUCGGGGUAAUGCUGAUGAGCCGAGAAGCCUCUGAGAUAAUAUUACUUAGUAAUUACUUUUUUAGCCGAAGUUGUUUAGCCAGCUCCAAGUCAUUAAUGAAAGUUGGUGUCCAAGCACCUGAUUUACGAUUUCGUGUCGGCCCGGGGUCAGCAGAGGUGGUCUCUUUCCAUCUGAAUCUGCUCGGUGUAGGAAACAAAAUAGGCUGUUUAUUAUUUUGGAGAGCAAUUUUCGCUGAAAGGAGGAGUUUUAUUUUUGCAUGUAACAUUCCGCCUCUUUAUUGCAGACUCUUCAAAAAGCCGCUCUUAAAAACAAAACAAAAAUAAUAAUAAUAAUAGGAAAAAAAAAAAGAUUAAAGGGUAACUUCUAAAUUGGAAACGGCAGAGGAGUACACUGAGCAGAUGGGAAUCUUCCUCUUCAAUAUGAGCAACAAUUAAUGAAAACAUCCUUUUUAUUACCGGAGCCGAUCUGUUCUCUUUAAACACGAACGAGACUUCCGACUUUCGGCCCCUCGGAGCGGGCUGCCCGCCUCACCUCUCCCUGGGGCGGGGUGUCUCAGGGGGUCCUCCCCGCACCGUCCUGCGCCCCCAGCCUUGCCAAGUGCGAGUGCUGGGGAGCGGGGUGCGGUGGGAGACUGAACCAAGGGGCUCGGCCUCGCUGUGUCUUUAUACCCACCGUGGGCAGCAGCGCCGGGGAAAGAACAACACGGUGCAAUACACGUGAAAUAUUCCGGCAGGCCGCGGCGGUGCCGUGGGUUACAGCACCGUGGCGUUUGACGGGACCCCCAGCUACGGCCACACGCCGUCUCACCACGCCGCUCAGUUUACAAACCACUCCUUCAAACACGAGGACCCCAUCAGCCAGCAGCCCUCGCUAGGGGACCAGCAGUACUCGGUGCCUCCCCCGGUGUACGGCUGUCACACCCCCACCGACAGCUGCACGGGCAGCCAGGCCCUGCUCCUCCGGACCCCCUACAACAGUGACAAUUUAUACCAAAUGACCUCACAGCUUGAAUGCAUGACAUGGAAUCAAAUGAACUUGGGAUCCACACUGAAGGGCCAUACAGCAGGAUAUGAAAAUGAGAACCACAGUGCUCCCAUGUUAUACAGCUGUGGGGCCCAAUACAGAAUACACACCCAUGGAGUUUUUAGAGGCAUACAAGAUGUCCGACGGGUGCCAGGAGUAGCUCCAACUAUUGUCCGAUCGGCAAGUGAGACAAAUGAAAAACGUCCCUUCAUGUGUGCAUACCCAGGCUGUAACAAGCGAUACUUUAAGUUGUCCCAUCUACAGAUGCACAGCAGAAAGCACACUGGUGAAAAACCUUAUCAGUGUGAUUUUAAGGACUGUGAACGAAGAUUUUCUCGUUCAGACCAACUCAAACGGCACCAAAGGCGACACACAGGUGUGAAGCCCUUCCAGUGUAAAACCUGUCAGAGAAAGUUCUCCAGAUCUGAUCAUCUGAAGACUCAUACCAGGACUCAUACAGGUAAAACAAGUGAAAAGCCUUUCAGUUGCCGGUGGCCCAGCUGUCAAAAAAAAUUUGCCAGGUCUGAUGAACUAGUUCGUCAUCACAACAUGCACCAGAGGAACAUGACUAAGCUGCAGCUGGCCCUUUAGGCAGUUCAAACAAGUGAAUAAACCAGAUGGGACAUUAUGAGCUACUGCAAACUUUCUCAGCCAUCUUCGAUCACCUCUGUCAGAAAGCUGCAGCUGUCUUCGCAUCCCAUUUGACACAAGUUAACUAAACCGUAGGAUUCUGCUCAACCUUGUCUUCCAUUUGGACUUACCCAAGCUCCUAUUCAAUAAGCUCAAGAGAUUUUUACCUGUAAUUUUGUUAAAAAGUGAGCAAGAUUGCCACAGUUUCAAGAUUACUAUAAACUCUGCUUACCUUCCACGUCUGUCUCCAAUUUUCUGGUUUAAUUUUCACUUGAACUUUUCUAGGUACAAACUGUUGUACCUUUUCAAGCCCUGCAGUGGGUAGGGCGAGCUGCACGCUUGCUUCAUUUGUGCAUAUGCCGAGGUUUCCAAAUGCUAGUACAGCUGUCCUCACCUAAGAGAUGGAACAAUCACCUGAGACACUUUUGGUAAACUUUGUACUCGUACUGCCAAAGGGCGACCUUUUAAAGUUGCAAGCUCUGCUUUUGAGUCUCACAAAUCAAACCUUUUUCUAGAGGAUGUAUUUCUAGAGCAUCUAAAGCUAGAUGAAUCAGAGCCUCUCUGUACAGAAAAGAAGAAUCUUACCAUUAAGUUAACUUGUUUUUUAAAUAAUCACGUUAUUGAUCCCCCCAAAUGGUUUUGUUUGUCAAUUAACUCUCUACCUUUAUCUCUCUCUUUUUAAUGUAUUGGUUUAAAUUUAUUCUAUCAUGAGAUGCAUAGAUCUUCUUUACAAAAAACUAAUUCCAAUCAUUGUAGACAUUUGGGAUUUGUUUACAAUGUAAAGCCACACUGGUUAUGUGGCUAGCAAGCUGUAUAAACUUAAAACUGAACUUUUAAUGGGGCUGGUCCAGGAUCUCCAUUAACAGAUUACUCUUAAGAUAAGUAACUUAAAAAGACUCUUUGUCAAGUAUAUGUGAAAAAGACAUUAUUAGUGUAAGGAAAUAUAUUGUUUCAGGGUUUUGGGAGGAGGGGUUUAUUAUUUACUUUUAAUUGCUUGAAAUUGUGUGUAUAUAUAUAUCUGAUAAUGUAUUGCUCUUAGACAUCUGAAAUUAGAAAGUGUAUAAAUAUUAGAUGCAUCACUGUUCUGAUGUUGUUGCUGUUACAAACUAUUGAUAACACUAAGAAUGUAACCUGCAUUUUUCACUGAGCUUUCAAUUAAAGCCCAUUCAAAGAGAAACAAA